AUCAACGCCUCUUCGUCCUUGGCUCUUCCUCUACAGUAUUCGCAAUCAUGGCCAACUUCCUCGCCUCCAUUUUCGGCACAGAGCUUGACAAGGUCAACUGCUCAUUCUACUUUAAAAUCGGCGCGUGCCGUCACGGUGAUCGCUGCUCUCGAAAGCACGUCAAGCCGUCGUACAGUCAGACGAUUCUCAUGCCCAACCUUUACCAGAACCCGGCAUACGACCCCAAGAACCGAAUGAACCAGUCCCAGCUCCAGAACCACUUUGACGCCUUCUACGAGGAUAUCUGGUGCGAGCUUUGCAAGUACGGCGAGCUUGAGGAGCUCGUUGUCUGCGACAACAAUAAUGACCACCUCAUCGGCAAUGUCUACGCCCGUUUCAAGUACGAGGAAUCCGCCCAAAAGGCCUGCGACGAGCUUAAUAGCCGCUGGUAUGCCGCGCGACCCAUUUACUGCGAGCUCAGCCCCGUUACCGAUUUCCGCGAGGCCUGCUGUCGCCUUAACUCAGGCGAAGGUUGCGUCCGUGGCGGCUUCUGCAACUUUAUCCACCGCAAGAACCCCAGCGAGGAGCUGGAUCGCGACCUGCAGCUUAGCACAAAGAAGUGGCUCAAGCAACGCGGUCGCGAUGAGAAGAGCGUGAGCCGCUCCCCUACGCCCGAGCCUACGAGGCGACGAUACUAGAUGGUUGGGAUGGGAACCACAUCCGGAGUGAUGGUGAUAAGGAAACGAAACAUUGAAAGGGUGGUACGGUCACGGCGUUAUGGGACUGGGGUUUUGUCAUAGUAAUUUCCCUACAAGGGUUCAUGGACGUUUGCGAGUCCACGCAUAUUUUUGCUGUCACCUUUUUAGCGAGGGCUGGUGUUGAAGCCUUGCUACUCAUUGUAAACCCACUGAUGAUGAGAUAUGUACAAUGGUAUCCCUGUAUAACUAAUCCUGUUUCGCGCC